GAAGCCGAGAUCCCCCGCGAGGUGAUUGAGAGGCUGGCUCACAGUCAGAUCCACAGCAUCCGGGACCUCCAGCGACUCCUGGAGAUAGACUCCGUAGGGGCCGAGGAUGCUUUGGAAACUAGCCUGAGAGCCCACGGGGUCCGUGCCACCAAGCAUGCACCCGAGAAACGGCCUGUGCCUAUUCGCAGGAAAAGAAGCAUUGAGGAAGCCAUUCCCGCAGUUUGCAAGACCAGGACGGUCAUUUAUGAGAUACCUCGGAGCCAGGUCGACCCCACGUCUGCCAACUUCCUGAUCUGGCCCCCGUGUGUGGAGGUGAAGCGCUGCACAGGCUGCUGCAACACCAGCAGCGUCAAGUGCCAGCCCUCGCGCAUCCACCACCGCAGCGUCAAGGUGGCCAAGGUGGAGUACGUCAGGAAGAAGCCAAAAUUAAAAGAAGUCCAGGUGAGGUUAGAGGAACACUUGGAGUGCGCGUGUACAACCUCCAGCUUGAAUCCAGAUUAUCGGGAAGAGGAGACGGAGCCUGACAGACGCUCGCCCCCAGGGCCUGGAGAUGCAGGACAAGCUUCAUCUUACUCCGGGAACAAUGAUGGAUUCAAGCGCACCCAUCCAUGGAAAAUGCUGGUGAUUCCAUGCGUUCUUGCUAUCUCCUCCUGGCUCACAGCCUCAGAGACCCAGGCCCUAGAAGAUCAUUUGCCCAGCUCACCCAUCCCCGACCCUCACUUUUGAUGACUAACUCACAAUGAAAAUAUCACCAAACUGUAAAAUAUCUUAAUUCAGACAACUAGCAGGUCUGACAUGGGAUUAGGAAUGGGCUGCCCAGGGUCUGAUUUCUAGCCUUUCCUUACCAGCCAUGUGAUCUUGGGCAUGUUGCUUGCCUCUCUCUGGGCCUCAGUUUCUUCAUCUAUGAAAUGGGGUGAUCACAGAACCUCUUCCAAAGGUCUCGCAUGAGCAUUAGUGGGUUAAUAGAUAGUACCCUGUCUGGCAUUACAGAAAUACUCAAUAAGCGGAUGUCAUUAUCUUUGAACAUGAUAUACAGACCUCAGGUUUG